CAAAUUGAUUGUUCUAGUGGGUCAAAAGAUAGACCAAAAUUUGGGGGUUAUUUAGCACAUGAUUAAUGACGGGUUUUCUAAAAAUUCUUAGUCAAAUUAUUUCUAAACAUUCGCAGUUUUCAAUGCAGGUGUGCGACGAUAGAUUCCCUCCCUCUUCCUUAAGCCUUACUCCAAAGAAUAAUCUCUCUGACUCUGAACUCUGAUCUCAUUUCACCCUCUCUGCUUAAACCCCAAAUUAGGAUUUAAAAUUUUUAGGGUUAGGCCAAAUAUUUUCCCUAUUUUUUCCAAUGGAUUUCCAGAGGAAAAGAGUUCAGCUUCUGGGCUUCAUCGUCGGAGUCAUCGUUCUCAGUUACACAGCUGAAAAAUGUAGGCACCUGGUUGGAGAGGAGGCAUCAUCCCAAAGUGGGCAAUUUACUUUGUUAAAUUGCUUUGAUAUGGGCUCUGGUUCCGUAGCUUGUGCAGUGAAGGAGGGUGUGAAGCUUUAUUUCUAUAACAUUAGAUCUGCUCAUGUUGAGAAAGCAAGGAAUCUUGCAAUUGAGAAAGCGAUUGAGGAUGCAGUGUCUCAAGGCAUGGCUGCUAAAGAGGCUGCAAAACGCGCACAAAUAGAAGGGAAAAAAGCGGCAAAGUUGGCCACACGACAAGCCAAGCGCAUUAUAGGUCCAAUCAUUUCCUCUGGUUGGGACUUUUUUGAAGCUUUAUACUAUGGCGGUACUCUUGCUGAAGGAUUUCUAAGGGGUACAGGCACAUUAUUUGGUGCCUAUGGUGGUGGUUUUAUCGGUGAGCAAAGCCUCGGGAGAGUUGGUUAUCUGGUGGGAAGUCAUUUGGGGAGUUGGGUUGGUGGUAGGAUUGGACUGAUGGUUUAUGAUGUGGUUAAUGGAGUGCAUUACUUGCUUCAAUUUGUUCAAGCUGAAGAAAGCCCUGUCUAUGAAAAAUCAGAAGUUUCAGGGGAUUCCUAUGUUUAUGGAAACUCAGAUGCAUAUGAAUCUCCACAUGAUGAGAGCUCCGAAUCACAAGAAAGUGAAAAUCAUAAGGAUUCCUACAUUAAAGAAAGUUCAGAUGAAUAUGAAUCUCCACCGGACGAGAACUCUGAAUCGCAAGAAAGUUUUAGUUUCUGGUGAAACACAUCUGUAAGUUUAUGUUACCUUUUAAUUCAGAUGAACAUAUACAAAUAAACUGAAUUUUAGUUGCUCAAUUCCCAUAGAUGGAUGGUUAGAUACAAUGAUUUUAUUUUGACAUAGAAGUUAACAUUAGUAAUGCUUGAAUCAUUAGAUGUCUUGUUCUUAUAUGUUGGAGAGACAAAGAAGAAAUUUCUUGUUAGAGAUCCAUGCUGUACUUAUACAAACAGAUAUGUUCACUGCUAAAGGAGCCUAAAGUCAACUACAGCAGCUUAGAGGUAGAAACUGGACCAUUUAAGAUGAGUUUGGAUCAAGUUAGUUGUAGUCUUGUUUCGGGUUAAAGUCAGAUUUUAAAUUGGAUUAGUAUACUAUGGUGUAAGUUAAAUAUCAUUUCAUAGUUGGUAAAGAUCAUUAUGCUUAUUGUUAUCAUUAGUUUGUACGUGUAAUCAUACACUCAUUAAUUGUGGAAGUCAUCUUUAGCAAAUUUUACGAGAAAUAA